GUUGACAAUGAGUGGACACCACGUGUCGCACAGACAGUGCUGUUCAACAAAACUAUUGAUUUGAGCUCUGAUUUUGAAGACGACGCCACCACUGAUGCCAUCACUGGUGUAGACACUGACAACACCACCACCACAGCCACCACUGAUAUAUCGGUCAAUACGAUGGCCGCCAGAGAUCUGUUGGAAGACAUUAAAAGCUCAGUCGAUCGGCAACUCAUGACUGAUGAUGAAGACACCGACGAAGACGUCAUCAAUGGUUCCCAAAGCCCUGAGUUAUCUCCUAUUCACACCUCCAGAUUAAGAGCUCGUAAGACAGUGUUGGACGACACUAUGGAGUCUUCGGGGACCAGCUCUUCGCCAUUGACGCCAUUAAACUAUAGUAACAAUCCAUUGGAUCCAUUGAGUCGAGUGGACUCAAAGCACUCAAUGUCUGCGAAGGACACGAGCGGUGCACUCGAUCUCGAUAUAUCUGGUCUUCAGCUCAAUGAUAGCGGUGACAGAGAUCUUGGAGCCAUCGGUGGUGUCAGUGGCGACGAUACCGACGAUGAAUUACCGCCAAUUCGUACCUUCAGAGCCCGCGAGACAAUACUCGAUGACACUAUCGAGUCGUUGAAUACCAGUUCCCCGCCAUUAAGCGAUGGUAACAACGAAUUGAUGUCCGCGAAAGACUCGAAUGAUGGACACUAUCUCGACUUAUCUGGUGCUCAGAUCAACGACAGCGUCGACAGAGAUCUGGUGAUAGUUCCCGAAGUGUUGGACUUGGACUCCAUUGGAUCAGAUGCUGAAGAAUCAGAUUCUGGACCUGAAAUUGAAGAGAUUCCCGAACCGAGUGUUAAACAGAAACACAAUCCUUUGUUUCGGAGAGAUAUCCCCGACAUCUUAGACACGGAUGACUUGGACUCCAAGACACGGAAAGCUAACGAACGAGAAGAGCGUCGGAUUGCGGAACAGAAACAAAGAAUAAAAGAGUUUCACAAUAAUCAGAGGUUUGUCGAGCUAUCGGAUGAUGAGGACAAUGUGGGCGCCGUUCAGCCGAUGAGCCGUCGUUUGCCACAAGUGGUAAACAUCGACAGCGAUAGCGAUGCUGAAGAGUCUGCACCACCAGUUAGGUCGACCCCUACGACUAGUUUCGAGAACUUUGAAGUAAACUUCGAUACGUAUGGCGUCCACACAGACGACUCGUAUAACAUCCCGGACGCGAGGGGUCGAGUGCUGGUCAAUGUGGGACAUCCCGGAGCUGAGCCCGACCUCUUCUUAUCUGAACACAUGGCACGUCGGGUGAAAGCCCACCAAAUCGGAGGAAUUCGCUUCAUAUACGAUAGUAUCGUCGAAUCCAUUGAGACAUUCCGUAACACUAGGAAAGGGGGCUUCGGUUGCAUUCUCUCACACGCUAUGGGUUUGGGAAAGACGUUUCAGGUGAUUGCCUUCACAGACGUAUUCCUGAAGGCUUUUGAUGCUAAAGGACAUCGAUAUAAGCGGGUGUUGUGUGUCGUUCCCAUCAAUACACUGCAGAACUGGGUGUCGGAGUUUGAGAACUGGUCGCCGCCACGGGAUCGGGACUAUGAGGUCUACUCAAUGGACUCAACCCUUCCUCUGAUCCGGAGGUCGGAAAAGGUGUUGAAAUGGUGUAAAAGUGGCGGAGUUUUGCUGUUGGGAUACGAAAUGUUCAGAGGACUCAUCAAAAGCGACGAUAAGAAAUAUGCGGCCAAACAGUGGCGAGACUACGAUCCAGAGGAACUGGAGGAAAUGGAUGCGAAGGUGAGGCGGGCUCUGGUAGACCCGGGACCAGAUGUCGUGUUUUGCGAUGAGGGCCAUAGGAUUAAGAACCCAAAAGCCGCCAUUUCCAUAGCCCUAAAACAGAUUAAGACCCGACGCCGUGUGAUACUCACGGGAACACCACUUCAAAACAAUCUGAUGGAGUACUGGUGUAUGUGUGACUUCGUGCGGCCCUACCAUUUGGGCAAUCAGUUUGAAUUCAAAAAUAUGUUUGAAAAGCCCAUAACCAACGGCCAGUGCGUCGACUCCAAUGAGUUGGAUGUGCUGUUGAUGAAGAAGAGGGCGUUUGUGUUACACCAGAAGGUCAAGGGUUUUGUUCAACGCCGAAGUCAUGAAGUCCUGAAGACAACACUUCCAAAGAAGCGCGAGUUUGUGUUGAUGUGUCGCAUGACACACAUCCAGAAGCGACUGAUGCAGGCGUUGAUCGAUAAGGCCAUCGAAGAUCCCGAAGCUAUCGGCCGAGUAAAGGGAAAACUAUCAGUACUGACCCUAUUCUCCAUCUGCACGAAGAUCUGGAACCAUCCGGAUAUCAUCUAUGAGAUCAUCGAUAGGGGAUUAGAGGCUCAGCGCCAGGAUCUGGAAAUAGAUGGUCCGACUGAUAGCCCGCUAUUUGAUCCAAACGGAAAGGCAUUCACGGACUGGUCCUUCGCUGCCGAUGUCGUCCUCAACUACACCACUGGAGUGAUCGAUAACUCUAAUAAAAUGGUUGUAUUGUUUGAGAUAAUCGACGAGUGUAUGAAGAUUGAGGACAGACUUCUAGUCUUCAGUCAAUCGCUUUUUACUCUCAACUUAAUCGAAGAACUUCUGAAAAUGAAAAAGGAGUGGCGUUUAGGCCGUGAUUACUAUCGACUCGACGGCUCAACACCACCUCAGGAAAGGGAGAGAUUUAUCAACCGAUUCAAUGGUACCACAAGAGCUCAUCUGUUCCUGAUAUCGACUAAAGCCGGUAGUCUUGGGAUCAACUUAAUUGGCGCCAAUCGUAUCGUUGUAAUGGACGCCAAUUGGAACCCCAGUUGGGACGCGCAGGCGGCCUGUCGUGUCUACCGUUAUGGACAGCGAAAAGAAUGCUUUAUCUAUCGUUUAGUCUGCGAUCAAACACUGGAAGAGAAGAUCUCGAAACGACAGUUUCUGAAGCAGGGUAUGGCUAAGCGUGUAGUGGACGGGCAGACCAUUGACCCGACGUUCUCCUGGAAUGAGAUCACAUCGCUGUUGGAAGACUUGCAGUGUAUUGAAGACAUACCAGUCGUUGACUUCGAUGGCGACGAGUUGGCUGAACUGGAGGACCCACUCAUCCAAAAUGUGUGCCGAAGUGUCGGACAUGGUUUGACACGAAUGCCCUUCGAGUACGACUCGCUUCUCAUGGAUAAGACAGAGAAGAAGUUGAAUAACAACGAGAGGGCGCAGGCACUGGAAGACUAUAACCACACCGUCAGACUCACCAAGUUUUUACCCCCGAAGCCCACUAACAUUCCCCAGUAGGCCGUGUCUGUCAUCCCUACUGUCCCGCCA